UUGUAGCCAACUUCCUAUGCAUCUAACGGGACAGGUUAGCUUGCGGGUGGUGUCACCGGUAGUAUGCAGAAUAUGUUGACGAUCAUUUCAAACGUGUUUAGGGGAGCCGCCAGCAAAAAUGGUGCCAGGGCGGUGGUGUCGACUCGAUCCUAUGCCGACUUCACACCCCAGGCCACCUUUGACAUCAAGAAGUGCGACGUGCACCGUCUGGAGCAGGGCCCUCCGCUUCAGGCGGUGCUGACGCGUGAGCAGGGCCUGAAGUACUACCGGACCAUGCAGACCAUGCGCCGCAUGGAGCUCAAGGCCGACCAGCUCUACAAGCAGAAGAUCAUCCGCGGCUUCUGCCACCUGUACGACGGACAGGAAGCCUGUGCCGUGGGCAUCGAGGGUGGCAUCACAGCAAACGAUCACCUGAUCACAGCGUACCGUGCCCAUGGGUACACCUUCACCAGGGGCGUGUCCGUCAGGGAGAUCCUGGCAGAGCUCACAGGCCGAAGAGGCGGCGUGGCCAAAGGCAAGGGAGGCUCCAUGCACAUGUACACCAAGAACUUCUAUGGAGGCAACGGGAUCGUGGGAGCACAGGUUCCGCUGGGGGCGGGGCUGGCCUUGGCAUGUCAGUACCAGGGCAACAACCAGGUGUGUGUCACCCUCUACGGAGACGGAGCCGCAAACCAGGGCCAGGUCUUCGAGUCGUUCAACAUGGCGGCCCUGUGGAAGCUCCCCUGCAUCUUCAUCUGUGAGAACAACCAGUACGGCAUGGGCACGUCGGUGGAGCGCGCGUCCGCCAGCACGGAAUACUACCGCCGGGGCGACUACAUCCCGGGCAUCAGGGUGGACGGCAUGGAUGUGUUAUGCGUGAGAGAAGCAACACAGUUUGCAGCCGAUCACUGCAGAAGUGGAAAGGGUCCCAUCCUAAUGGAACUCCAGACCUAUCGUUACCAUGGACACAGUAUGAGUGACCCAGGGGUCAGCUACCGCACACGUGAUGAGAUCCAGGAGGUUCGCAGUAAGAGUGACCCCAUCUCACUGCUGAAAGAUCGUAUGAUCAGCAACAACAUGGCCAGUGUGGAAGAACUCAAGGUGAUCGAUGUGGAGAUACGCAAAGAGAUUGAGGACGCGGCUCAGUUCGCCACCUCCGACCCCGAGCCGCCCUUAGACGAGCUGUGCGACCACAUCUUCUCCAGCGAGGCGCCCAUCGAGGUGCGCGGCACCAACCCCUGGAUGAAGCUCAAGUCCCGCAGCUAAGGCUGUGCGUGCGCCAGCGCUGUCCGCCACCAUGUUACCUAUCUUUAACUUGGCACCUUAGACCCCAUGCUGUCCGUGCGCCAGCGCUGUCCGCCACCAUGUUACCUAUCUUUAACUUGGCACCUUAGACCCCAUGCUGUCCGUGCGCCACCAUGUUACCUAUCUUUAACUUGGCACCUUAGACCCCAUGCUGCCCGUGUGCCAGCGCUGUCCGCCACCAUGUUACCUGUCUUUAACUUGGCACCUUAGACCCCAUGCUGUGCGUGUGCCAGCGCUGUCCGCCACCAUGUUACCUGUCUUUAACUUGGCACCUUAGACCCCAUGCUGUGCGUGUGCCAGCGCUGUCCGUCACCAUGUUACCUAUCUUUAACUUGGCACCUUAGACCCCAUGCUGUGCGUGCGCCACCAUGUUACCUGUCUUUAACUUGGCACCUUAGACCCCAUGCUGUGCGUGCGCCAGCAUGUUACCUAUCUUUAUCUUGGCACCUUAGACCCCAUGCUGUGCGUGCGCCACCAUGUUACCUGUCUUUAUCUUGCCACCUUAGACCCCAUGCUGUGCGUCCGCCACCAUGUUACCUAUCUUUAACUUGGCACCUUAGACCCCAUGCUACAACCCUCUGACCUGAGACAUGGGGCCACACCUUUACCUACCCUUUAAACUCCCUUUACAAACGCACAAAAAUGUUAGUGAAACAGAUGACCAAUGUGAAAGUAUGACCAAUGUAGAAGGUGGGUCAGGAUGAAUGACCUCUGACCUGACUCCCAGCUUACUCCAUCAUGUGCAUCUGGCAGUGUGUACGCCAGUGGCACUGUAACGCCUCCUCAAGAUGUAUUGGAUAUGCUCGCUAUCUGUGCUCCUGAUGGUAUUGUAGCUUUCAGCACACAUUGCACUUUCUAGAGAUUGAUAAGCUACUUGAAUGCUGAUGGUGAAUCUAUUCUAUUUUUCUAAUGCUGUUUCCUUACCAGUGGGCUGUAAUAGUGCUGAGCUGUGUUGAGCUGAGCCAAGACGGCUUUCUUACCCACAUGCAUUUUGGAGCCAGCAAAGCCAUCUUGGGCUGUGAAUUUCAGAGCAGGUCAGAAGCGAUGGCCUCCUACCAAGACUGUGAUGCUUCCAUUUAAAUGAUCCUUAUUGAUUUGCUCUCCAAGCAACUGGAAUAGACACGUUGACACACUGAUUUCAACAAAGCCCCAGUACAUUUUUUACACACUGAUGAAAGUGAUUUGAUUUGUUUCGAGGAUUAUCUGGCGGUGAACGGUGACCUGGCGAGCCAUAGAGAGACUGCUGUUUGGUCAGACAGCCAAAUUCAGUGUGGUCUCUACUUGGGAUCAGAUAUGCAAAGAGAGGGGAUGUCAAAUUAUUGUCUAACAGAACCUGAACCAUCUGAACUGCAUUUAAACAGUUGAAAUGAGAACAGAAAUAUUCAAGGGGACCUGUGUAAGGAUCUGAGACUCAAGGUCGUCUUCAAUACUUUUCUGGUGUACAGAAACACAGCAGGGUCUGAUCUUGGCUCUCCUCAACCAGCUUACACGCUUACACUGAAAAUGUCUUAAAUUGCUGAUACAGAGAAUUUGAACAUUUGACAUUUGAUUAGUCAAAUAAUAAUAACUCCAUUCAAAUCACAUUCCAUGUGUAAUGUCACUGUAAAGUACUCAGGCAGCAUUAUUAUCUUGGUAGAGUUAAAUUCUCUCACAUCAUGUUUUCCCGAGGACCACAUCAAAUAAAGGCAAAUAAACCCGA